AAACACCACGGCGCGCGAGCUGGUGGUAUCACGAUGAGAGCGCUCGCGAUCCUCCUAGUGAUCACCACUGCGGCGACCUUGCCUCAUGUUGCUCUCGCGACAAGCGAUGAUCAGCGCCAAACGAGCAUCCUGUGGCGCCGCGGCUCCAUCGCCGUGGGGGACGACGCCCUGGUGUCCCCCAGCGGCGGCUUCUCGUGCGGCUUCCACCGCGUCGCCACCAACGCCUACGUAUUCGCCAUCUGGUUCACCGCCUCGGCCGAUCCGCGCACCCUCGCGUGGGCAGCCAACCGCGACGCCCCCGUGAACGGCAUGGGCUCCCGCGCCGAGCUUCUCGGGGAUGGAACCCUGGUGCUGCGGGACUUCGACGGGCUGGCCACGUGGAGCACCAACACAAGCGGCACCGGCGCCGAUCGCGCGCAGCUGCUCAACACCGGCAACCUUGUUGUGUCCGACGCCGCCGGCCGCACCCUGUGGCAGAGCUUCGACUGGCCCACCGACACGCUCCACCCCGGGCAGCUCAUCACGCGGCGCGCGCGCCUCGUGUCGGCAAAGGCGAGGGGCUCCACCUCCUCCGGCUACUACAGCUUCUACUUCGACAAUUUCAACAUCCUCAACCUCGUGUACGACGGCCCGGAGAUCAACAUGAACUACUGGCCGAGCCCCUUCAAGACGUGGGUGGAAAACAAGCGGACGUGCAGCGUGCACGGGAUCUGCGGCCGGUACGGCGUGUGCGCGUACGGGCUGGCCGGACCGGCGUGCGCGUGCCCCGAGGGGUUCGUGCCCAGCGACCCCGGCGACUGGAGCAAAGGCUGCCGGCGCUUGUUCGACAUCCAGUGCGGCGAGGACGUGUUCUUCGCCGAGCUGGCGAACGUGGACUACUGGGGGUUCGACAAAAAGUUCCGCCAGAUGGCCACCAUCGACGAGUGCCGGCAGCUGUGCAUCGACGACUGCAGAUGCGAGGCGUUCGCCUACAAGAAGGGGGGAGCUGGCUUCUGCUACACGAAGGCCUCUCUGUGGAACGGUCGGAGCUCGGACCCCAUUCAGUUCAUGUACUUCAAGGUGCCUACACGCGUCCAGAAGAAGCUCAACCUGUCGUCCGUGUUGGGCCUGCGCUUCGACGGCCAUGGCUGCAGCACCACGCAAGAACGAAACGUCAACGUCGGCUACUCGCCCUCCCGUCACCUAAAGAACUACAGCGGCAGCAAGAUAAAGUUCGUCUACCUGUACAGCUUCCUGGGGGGAUUGUUCGUCGUGGAAGCGGUCGUCAUCAUCGCCGGCUACCUGUUCGUCUUCCGAGCCGACCCGGCCGCGGUCCAACGUGUCCACGACGAUGGCUACACCUUGGCGAUGAGCCACUUCAGGAAGUUCACGUACGACGAACUGUCCAGCGCUACCUGCGAUUUUGGCGAGGAGCUCGGGAGGGGUGCGUCGGGGGCGGUGUACAAGGGCGUCUUGGACGACGGCCGGGACGUGGCCGUGACGCGGCUGGUGGAGGCGACGACGCCGCAGGCCGAGGAGGUGUUCCGGUCGGAGCUGAGCGUCAUCGGACGGAUCAACCACAUGAACCUGGUCCGGAUAUGGGGCUUCUGCUCCGAGCGCUCGCACAGGCUCCUCGUCUCCGAGUACGUCGAGAACGGCUCGCUGGCCAAGGCCCUCUUCGGCGGGGAGCCCGCGCUGGGGUGGCCGUCGAGGUACAAGAUCGCCGUCGGCGUCGCCAAGGGGCUGGCCUACCUCCACCACGAGUGCCUCGAGUGGAUCCUGCACUGCGACAUGAAGCCGGAGAACGUUCUGCUGGACGCCGACCUGGAGCCCAAGAUCACCGGCUUCGGCCUGGUGAAGCUGCUCAGCCGGGAAGAGGACGCGUGCGGCCAGGCGCCGUCCCGUGUCCAGGGAACAAGGGGGUACGUCGCGCCGGAGUGGGCGCUGAGCCUCCCGAUCACCGGGAAGGCCGACGUGUACAGCUUCGGCGUCGUGCUUCUCGAGCUGCUCCGUGGGCAGAGGGUCAGCGAGUGGGCGGCGGUGGAGGGCGUGCCCGGAGGUGAUGAGCAGGCACGUGUGGAUCUACAGGAGAUCGUAGCGUGGUUCCAGGGCCAGACGCUGGAAUGCCAAGGUGAGCGCUCGGCGCCGUGGCUGGAUGAGUUCGUGGAUGCACGGUUGCUCGGCGACUUCAACCGCUCGCAGGCGGCGGUGAUGCUGGAGGUGGCGGUCACGUGCGUGGAGGAUGAUCCCAGCAGGAGGCCGAGCAUGAACGCCGUUGCGCAAAAGCUUCUCUCGGCGCACGAUGUGGUAGGCUCGGCGUCCCUGCGCCGUGUGUGUCCGGUUCCUGUCCAUGGAAUCAGUAGUCUGCACUUCGUCUGAAUCUCUUGCGGUUAGUAAUCUGCCAACGAAAAGUUUGGCAAUGUUGCUACUACAAAGGUGUACUCCGUGGUAAGUGAUAUGGAUCGAAGGGAAUAGUGUUUUAGGGUGGGCAUGUAGGAGUAACUUAGAUUUAGACACCUCAACGCUAAUAUGCGUACGCGGUAACAGAAUACGUUAUCGCAACAUUAAGGAACCCGAGACAAAAU